AAAUGUGCCUUAGGCUAGCCAAUCCUCUCGCUGCUGUAAAUCUAAGCUCUGCCUCCCCCUACCUUCUCUAAAAACUCGCUGCCUGCCCUGCUGAGUGUGACUUCCCCAGCCUGUGAUAGCCAGAUGGGGGAAUAUCACCUGGGAAUGGUACUCAAAUAAACUGCCUGGCCCUUUGUUGCCUCUUGUCACCUGCUUAUUUCAGCUAGAAUUUAUCUUAACAUUUGGUGCCGAGAAACCUGGGAAGGAGCAUGAGCACAGGGCCCCGACCAGCCACUGGUGGCCCUGCCCCCUCCUUCCCCAACCUGGGACCUCAGCCUGCUCUCUCCUGCGUGGACUAUUUUCCAAAUAAGAAAAGUACUUCAGCUUCAAAUUCAGACACAGAAAUGAAACCUGAACAACUGCCUCCUUGUGUGAAUCCUGGCAAUCCUGUGUUUUCAUGCAUGUUGGAUCCAAAAACACUCUAUACAGCUACCUCACUAUCUAAACCUAAGAUGAUUAUGUACAAAACCAACUCAAGUAAUUAUGGUGCAUUUUUACCUAUGCCACAGUUUUUUCCCUGCAGUUAUACUCCAAAGGAGCAAGUAUUUUCAAGCCAUAUCAGAGCUACUGGAUUUUAUCAAAAUAACACUCUGAACACUGCACCUGACAGAACCAGAACCCUUGAUUUUCCUAAUUUUCAACAUACUCUGUGAAAAUAUAUUCCUUUGUAUAUUUAACAAAAACUAUACUUAGGAAAAAUGAGUUUUAAAUCUAAAGCUAGAAUACCUAAUUUGGGAUAUUAAAUUUUUUGAAUUAAAUUAAAAGACUACUUUUAAGAAAUAAAGCAUUUCAAAUGAUAACUGAUUGGCAGUGACUUCUUAAAUAAAAAUAUGUUCAAAAUAGCAGAAUAAAAAAUAGAGACUUCCUAGGUUUAUUUAACACACAUACUCCAAAAGCUUUGAAAGGCUUUCAGUAUCUCAGUUGUCUAUUUAUCAAGACAAAGGAACACAAGAAAUCAAAGAAAAAAAAUGAAUUAAGGAGUACUCUGCCCAGAAUGUUAGUUUCUACUGCUAGGCUUCUGAAAAAAAGGACUUACUAUUCAUUCAUUCAUUUGGCAAAUAUUUACUGAACACCUGUUUAUGGCAGGCACUAUACUAUGCAAAUAGACCACAGAUAAAAGACAGUAUCCUUUAUUUUUUCAAUGAGCAAUAUUUUGGGGGAAUGAUAUUAACAAAUUAAUGUGGUAAUUUAUGUAAUAAAGUAUGCAAAAGGUCAUUCAGACAGAGAAACAGAAUUGCUCAAAUUGAGACCAAGGAAAAGCAUCAUUGAGAAGGUAAAGCCAAAUCAAAGGAAAAAUUGGUCCAGGCAGAAGAAACAGUAUUUAUAGAAGUACACAGAUGUGAGAGUUGUGCUAUAUUUUUAUAAAUGCAAUUAAUUUGGUAUAUCUUUAACUUAGAGUGUGAGCAGUGGCGCAUGAUGGGCUAUACAGUUCUUCAAACUCUGUAAUUCCACAGGAUACAGAGAUUAGUUUUGGCUGCUGUCUUUUGAAACCUCACAUUCAAUUAGACCUGGGUACCUUUACUGAAAAAAGAAAUCACUUUUUAUUUUUCCCUGCUGGUUUCAGGUUCCGGAUAUUAACAUCAAUUAGAAAGAAUAAUCUUGUGAGACACUAGGGGAUUAGAAAAGUUAGAUCUUCUAUUUACAAAAAUGUUUUGAUGUGAGGUAACAGCUCAAACUCUGCAGCCUAAUGAAAUUCUUCCAAAAUUUGGUAUUUGGUAAUGGCACAAGCAGGAAGAAUAAUUAGUUUUGUUCACUUCCUCUAAAAUAUCAAAAAUCAAGGCACAAGAUUUCAGGGUGAGUUAAUGCAAAUGCAGAACUUGAGGUUAACAGCCUUUUCUCCACAUAAAUUAUACAAACCAUUUUACCCCUUCUCUGUAGGUGUUCAGUUUGUGGAAAGUGAAGUCAACUUUUUAAUAUAUGGAAUCUAGAUAUUAACCCAAAGUUCCUUACUGUACAGUAUUAUAUUGUUUUCAGGUGUAUAACAGUGAUUCAACAAUUGCAUAACUACUAAAUGCUCACCACGAUAAGUGUAGUUACCAUCUGUCAACAUAAAAAGAUAAUUACAAAAUUAAUGACUGUAUUCUCUAUGCCAUACUUUCAUACCCAUGAGUAAUUUAUAAUUAGAAGUUUAUACCUCUUUAUCCCCAUCUUCCCACCCUUCCCCCUAUAGCAAACACCAGUCUGUUCACCAUGCUUAUGAGUCUAAUUUGUUUUGUUGGUUUGUUUUGUUUUCAGAUUCCACAUAUAAGUCUUAUUUGUCUUUCUGUGUAUGACUUAUUUCAUUUAGUAUAAUACUCUCUAGGUCCAUCCAUGUUGUCACAAAUGGCAAGAUUUCAUUCUUUUAUACUGCUGAGAAAUAAUCCAUAGUAUGUAUGCACCACAUCUUCUUUAUCCAUUCCUCUAUGGAUGAACACUUAAUUUGCUUCCAUAUCUUGGUUAUUGUAAAUAAUGCUGUGGUAAACAUAGGAGUGCAUAUAUCUUUUCAAAAUAGUGAUUUUGUUUUCUUUGGGUAAAUUCCCAGAAGUAGAAUUACUGGGUCACAUGGUGUUUCUAGUUUUAGUUUUCUGAGAAAGUCCCAUACUGCUUUCCAAAGUAGCUGCACCCAUUUUCAUUCCCACCAACAGUAUAUAGGAGGGUUCCUUUGCUCCACAUCCCUGCCAACAUUUGUUAUUUCUUGUCUUUUGGAUAGUAGCCAUUCCAACUGGUGUGAGGCAAUAUCUAUCUCAUCAUGGUUUUGAUUUGCAUUUCUCUGAUUAGUGAUGUUAGCAUCUUUUCAUGUGUCUGUUGGCUAACAGUAUACCUUCUUGGGAAAAGGUCUAUUCACGUCCUUUGCCCAGUCUUUUAAUUGGAUUUUUGUGGUUGUUUUGGUGUUGAGUUGUAUGAGUUCUUUAUAUAUUUUGGAUAAGGGGCUAGUAUCAUUUGCAAAUAUUUUCUCUUAUUCAGUAAGUUGCCUUUUCAUUUUGUUGAUGGUUUUCUUUGCCAUGCAGAAGCUUUUUAGUUUGAUGUAGUCCCACUUGUUUCUCUUUGCUUGUAUUUCCCUUGCCUGGGGAGCCAGAUCUAGAAAAAAGUUGCUAAUGCCAGUAUGUGGAAGGGACUUGAUAACAGGGGGAGUCUAGUAACCAUAAUGUUGUUCAAGUAAUUGUACAUUAAUGAUACCAAAAUAAGA